CAGGCGCCUACUUUUAAGAUAUUCUUAGAAAACAACAAAAAAGAAAGAAGGGCUCAAUUCAUCUCGCAACGGACUCUCAACCGUUUUGAACAAUGGUACGUAGGGAAUAUCUAUCUUGAAGAUCUUCAGAUGGCCGCUGGAAGCCUCGUGAGGAUUAGGGUUCUCUUGUCUGGUAGUUAGUUAAUUGAAAUUCUGGAACGCACCAUUCAGCUUAUUUACCUAGUUACACAUUCUCAUCAGGAUUCUCAAAUCGGAACUUGUAACCAGUUAUAGCCCACGGAGUACUCUGUACUCUUUUUAGGAAAAUGGAACUGAAUGAGCAGAAUCGGUCCAUCUCGUUUAAGUUUUAACCCACCCAUGAUUGAAUAGAGUUACGGGCGGCUUAACGUGGAUUGCCAACUCUCCAUAUUUUGCCUACAGUACUCCGUACCUAGGGCCGAUAUGUGAGAGAGUCUAGAACGCUGAAACAAGAAAAUGGUCUGUCGUAGGGGCUUCAGGAGGGCGAAUAGCAACCUGCGUCUUCAGCCCUCCCUGCGUCAGCCGCAAUGUUAUUCCGUGGGGAUUACGCUGAGCCGGCGAUAUAUUAUUAUGUUGGGAUGCAUCCGUAUCUGCCAACAAAGAAAGCUACGAACCUGCUUAAUCCAUGCCAACAACAUAUAAAUACUCCCAGAAGACCUGUCACAUUUUAAUUCCAGCCUCCAUCUACAGGAUAGGAGAGGAGGUGAUUACACUGUGGUGCCGUGAGAGGAAUAUAUAUACCGACCUACCAAUCUUAAUCUACCCGAUUUCCCCAGACGCAAAACUCCCCGAAAAAUAAUGCAGCCUGCCUUAUUACUCCUCCUGUCUUUGGCUGCUCUCAGCAAUGCCAUCGCUGUACCCGGAAGUGACGGUACCUGCGCCAGAAAAGUAGACGCCCGAUACGCCUGCAUGACCGAUUCUGACUGCGUCAUGGUCAAGCACGGCAACUGCUGUGGCGCCACGGAUGUCUGCGCCCUUGCCCAUGCCAAAUUCACCAAGGACGAAAUAUGCCCCGCCGGAAGCGGUGGGGUGGGCGUGUGUGGCUUUGAAAGUAUUGAUGGCUGUGCGUGUCGCGAUGGUGCUUGCUAUGGGUUGCGGGGCGGGAAGGUGACUUCGUCGCCAAAGGAGUGGGGGGUGUGAACGGGGAUGAACGGGGCCAGAGGGAGGGACGGGGUGAGAUGUGUAUGGGUUUAAGAAGGCAGUCUGUGUGAGGUUCUGAAACAUAUCUGUGAAAGAGUAAAGGCGGGAAUGAGGGACUCUGAUUUUGAGGAAAGGUUUUUCUUUUACUAGUUAUACCAGAACUUUGAAACGGUCAAUUAUAAAGGGACUUGUUUGAUAAUUCCUUGAAAUCGAGAUCUGAAUUUGGAUGAGAGCAGACACGCAUGGAUCAGCGAGUGACAUUUUGGCUGAUGCUGGGCUGCGUACACGCUGCCUAGGAGCUACGAAGUUUCUAGACUUCAUUUUUUUUGUUCUUCUCGACAUGAAGAAAAACUACGUGUAUGUGCGCGCGCUGUCCUACUGCAGAGAAUAGUUUAUGCAUCAUGACAGUUAAGGAAAUGAAUACGGAAACGGCUUGUUAUCACGGGACGUACAGUGUUGUACAAACCAACAAACUCUCCGCCCCCCUCCCACAAAGCUGCCGCCCUCCACCUCUCCCGUUCAGCCCCGGCGGCGCCUGGUUCCAAAACACGGUGGCCGUCAACAAUCUCAUGCAGUAAGCGUGCAGAAGGGCCUUAUCCGCUGAGGGGGGGACAUGGUCCUUAUGUUUUGGAGCGCUUGGGAGUUUAUUGACAAGAAGCUUCAUCCGGUUUGGGUUCAUAUGGGGGAGCAUGUGGUGUGCGGUUCUGAGAUUAUUGAUAGAGCUAUCGAUACACUCCAUACAUGCAGUCAAAAAGUGGAGACAUGUGGUGUUGACAUCAUCUUUGGAAGUUGAGCCAGGAGACAUCAACAAAUUUUUGCUUC